CGUGGGACAGGGCGGGAGAGGGGGAGAGAGAGGGAGGGAGGUGGCCCGCGGGGCGGCUUCCUCCCGCUCUCCCUUCCUCGUCCGGCCGCCGCAAGGACCGGAGCAUGGCCCACGGGCGCGGAGGGCCGGCCGGCUGAGGGGAGCGCUGAGGGGCGCCGGCCGGGGCAAGGCGGGGAGCAGCCGCCUGUGGAAGCGCUCCCUCUCGGGCAUGUCUCCGCCGUCAGGCCCCGCCCGAGGCACCGGCUCCUCGCAGUGUUAAAGCCCCACCCGGCAGCGGAGGCGGCUGCGGCGUCCCCCGGCCAGCCAUGGGGACGGCGUCGUCCCUGGUGAGCCCGGCGGGCGGGGUCGGGGAGGUGAUCGAGGACACGUACGGCGGCGGUGGCGGCGAGGCCUGCGAGAUCCCGGUGGAGGUGAAGCCCAAGGCCCGGCUGCUGCGCGGCUCCCUGCGACGCGUUGGGGCCUCACGGCCCGGCGGGCUCAUCGGGGCCAGCUUCAAGUCGACGGCCUCGGUGCAGGAGCUGGAGUGCAUGGCCGAGUACGAGCGCCUGAAGAAGGAGUACGAGAUCUUCCGCGUGAGCAAGAACAACGAGGUGGCCUCCAUGGUGAAGAAGGAGGCCAAACUGGACAGGGAGAACAAGCGUCUGCGUGCUGAGCUGCAGGCACUUCAGAAAACUUACCAGAAAAUACUUAGAGAGAAAGAAAGUGCACUAGAAGCUAAAUACCAAGCCAUGGAGAGAGCUGCUACUUUUGAACAUGAUCGAGACAAGGUCAAAAGGCAAUUCAAGAUUUUUAGAGAAACAAAAGAAAAUGAGAUUCAGGACUUACUGAGGGCCAAGCGAGAGCUAGAAGCAAAACUUCAGAGACUUCAGGCCCAAGGAAUCCAAGUGUUUGAUCCCGAAGAGUCUGAUUCUGAUGAUAAUUGUACAGAUGUUACAGCUACUGGGGCACAAUCAGAAUACUGGAAUGGAGGAGCUCUAGGGAGUGAGCCAUCCAUGGGUAGUAUGAUGCAACUUCAGCAAUCUUUCAGGGGGCCUGAAUUUGCUCAUAGUUCCAUAGACGUUGAGGGACCAUUUGCAAAUAUAAACAGGGAUGAUUGGGAUGCUGCCGUUGCCAGUUUAUUACAGGUUACUCCUCUGUUUUCCCACUCUCUGUGGAGUAACACAGUAAGAUGUUUUAUUAUUAGUACUGAUGAGACUCAGCCAGAAGUGGACAUCUUCAUUAGAAACUACUCACCAAAACUUCAAAGAGUGUGUGAAACAAUGGGGUACUUCUUCCAAGUUGUUAAUUUUUCAGCAGAAAACGAAAGACCUCUUAGGGAUGUAAGAAAAUGGGAAAUUGAAAAAAGUUCAGUGGUCAUUUUGCUCCUACAUUUAACUUUGCCAAGUUGUUUGUUGGAGGACUGUGAAGAAGCCUUCUUGAGAAAUUCAGAAGAAAAACCCCGGCUAAUUUACCACAGAAAAGAAGAUGGCAGAGUCAGUUCAGUCCCACUGCAACAGUUAAUUGAGCGAAUUUCUCACCUGAGCAAAGCAAAGAUGAUUGAUCAUUGUGGAGGUGUGGAGGAAGGAGCAUGUGAAAUCUAUAAUUGUGUGGAAAAGAUAAUUAAACAGGAUAUAUUGGGAUGUGAAAUGACAGAACUAGAAGGCAAAGAUCUGGGUAAUAAGGAAGACUCCACGGCUCCUGAAGAAGUUGUUUUUGGUGAUGUGUUGUGGGAUGCACAUGAUGAACAAGAACAGAUGGAAGCUUUUCAGCAGGCAUCUAAUUCUACCUGUGAGCUGGGAUUUCAGAAAUAUUUUGAACGUCUAAAUGACCUGGUAGCAGCACCAGCACCAAUUCCACCUCUGCUUGUAUCAGGAGGACCAGGCUCUGGGAAAUCUCUCCUCCUGUCAAAAUGGAUUCAGUUGCAACAGAAGCAUUCACCAAAUACUAUAAUUCUUUAUCACUUUGUCGGGAGGCCCAUGUCUACUAGCUCAGAAUCUGCACUGAUAAUUAAACGCCUUACUUUAAAGCUUAUGCAACACUCUUGGUUAGUGUCACCUCUGACUUUGGAUCCAGCUAAACUUCUGGAAGAGUUUCCCCGCUGGCUGGAAAAACUUUCUGCACGUCAUCAAGGCAGCAUUAUUAUAAUUAUUGAUUCUAUUGACCAGAUACAGCAAGCUGAGAAGCACAUGAAGUGGCUGAUAGAUCCACUGCCAGUGAAUGUGAGAGUGAUUGUAUCAGUGAAUGUAGAAACGUGUCCGCAGCCUUGGAGGUUGUGGCCUACUCUUCAUCUUGAUCCACUGAAUUCCAAAGAUGUUAAAUCUCUCAUUAGUGCAGAAUGUAACUGUGCAAAUGUUAAAUUGACUAAAGAGCAGGAGAAGAAGCUUGAGAGACAUUGUCGUUCUGCCACGACUUGCAAUGCUUUGUAUGUCACUCUCUUAGGCAAAACCAUUGCUUGUGUUGGAAAUACAGGAAACAUUGAUGAAACCCUUCAAAAGUGUUUCCAAUGUCAAGACACAGUGUCACUGUACAGGCUUGUUCUGAGAUCAAUUCAAGAAUCAUUGCAGAGUGAUAAAGAGAAAGAUCUUCUGAGAGAGAUGCUGUGUGUCAUUGGUGUUAGCCACAAUGGUGUGAGUGAGUCAGAGCUGAUGGAACUGUAUCCUGAACUGUCUUCUGCAGUGCUAGCCUCCCUCCUUCACAGCCUGCACAAAAUGUGUUUACUGACAUAUGGCUGUGGUUUGCUGAAGUUCCAGCACCUCCAGGCUUGGGAGAUGGUGAGACUAGAGUAUAUGGAAGAAGGUGAAAAUGUGAUUUCUGCCUAUAGACAAAGACUAGUGGAGUAUUUCACCAUGCAGUUAAGUCGAGACCGAGUGACUUGGAGAAGUGCAGAUGAACUUCCCUGGCUCUUCCAACAGCAGGGUGAUAAGCAAAAGCUGCACAACUGUCUUUUGAAUCUCUUUGUGUCCCAAAACCUUUACAAAAGGGGACAUUUUGCAGCCUUGCUGAGUUACUGGCAGCUGGUUGGGAAAGAUAAGAGCUCUAUGGCAGCUGAGUAUUUUGACUCUCUGAAAGAAUAUGAAAAAAGCUGUGAGGGAGAGGAAAGUAUGAUCUGCCUGGCUGAUCUUUAUGAGACCCUGGGACGGUUUCUUAAGGACCUAGGUCUUCUCAGUCAGGCAGUAGCUCCUCUGCAGCGGUCUCUGGAAAUUCGAGAGACUGCACUGGACCCAGACCACCCAAGGGUGGCACAGUCUCUCCACCAGCUAGCAGGAGUUUAUGUUCAGUGGAAGAAGUUUGGAAAUGCUGAACAGCUGUAUAAGCAGGCACUGGAAAUCUCUGAAAAUGCUUAUGGAACUGAACAUCCUCGGGUAGCCCGUGAACUUGAUGCACUUGCAACCUUAUACCAAAAGCAGAACAAAUAUGAACAAGCUGAGCAGCUGAGGAAAAAGUCCUUCAAAAUACGCCAGAAAGCAGCGAGGAGGAAAGGCAGUUUGUGUGGCUUUGCUCUCCUGCGUCAAAGAGCCCUGCAAUUGGAAGAGCUCACGUUAGGCAAGGAUACACCAGAUAAUGCUCGAACCCUCAAUGAGCUUGGAGUCCUCUAUUACCUGCAGAAUAAUCUUGAGACAGCAGAGCUUUUCCUGCAGCGCUCCUUGGAAAUGAGAGAGAGAGUCCUGGGACCUGACCACCCAGACUGUGCACAGUCCUUGAACAACCUGGCAGCCUUGUGCAAUGAGAAGAAGCACUAUGAGAAGGCUGAGGAACUCUAUGAAAAAGCUUUAGACAUCAGGAGGAGAGCACUGGCUCCAGAUCAUCCCUCCUUGGCUUAUACUGUGAAACACCUGGCAGUGCUAUACAAAAAGAUGGGAAAACUCGACAAGGCAGUUCCUCUGUACGAACUAGCGGUUGAAAUUCGACAGAAGUCAUUUGGUCCAAAACACCCCAGUGUAGCAACAGCUUUGGUAAAUCUGGCUGUCCUUUAUUGCCAGAUGAAAAAGCAGAUUGAAGCUUUGCCUCUUUAUGAACGUGCAUUAAAGAUUUAUGAAGACAGCUUUGGUCACAUGCAUCCUCGUGUGGGGGAAACUCUGAAAAACUUGGCUGUGCUAAGCUAUGAAGGGGGAGACUUUGAGAAGGCAGCUGAGCUUUACAAGAGAGCUAUGGAAAUAAAAGAAGCAGAGACUUUCUUGAUAGGUGGAAAAGCAACUUCUCGACACUCAUUGAGUGGAGAUACAUUCAGCUUAAAAAGUGCAUUAUCACCAAACAUCUUCCUGGAACAUGGACAAAGGUGAUACAAUCUGCUGAAAGAUAAGGCAUUCUCUGUUGCUAUUUUAAAGCAGACAUAAAAUUGUUAAGAUAAAUGUAUUUUUCAUAGGAUAUGUACUCUUUUGAGACUGACACCUGUCUUCAUGAAUGACAGGGAAACAAAUGUUUAAGCUUGAAAUUCUUUCCCAUUGACUUUACAGACUGUUAUGAUACGAAGUGAGCUUCUCUCAUUGGAUGUAGAUACAUGUGUUAGUUACUAGCUCAAGUUAGAGCUAAUACCAAAAACGUGGGUUUGAUACCUCUCAGCCUAACGGCCAGGAUUGGAACAAGUAAAGCUGAACCAGUUGUAUAUACUUUGGGGUAGUUCUUAUUUCUGUGUUGUAACAGCCUGGCUUAGGGGAUUUGUGUAUUUUUUUUUUUCAUAAUCCUUUCUGCCUCUUCAGAAGCUUUUAAAGUUGUUUCUAAAGGGAGAGUAAGUUUGAAAAAGUCACAAUACUGUUCCACCCAAAGCUUUACUUGCAGGGUGAUUUGAGCUUUAAGCCAAGUUAGGUUCAAGGGACUUGUGCAAAAAUAAUUGGUUUCCUUGGGAAACUAAUAUAUCAAAAUGUAUCAUCAUCUACAGCUCAAGCUGUUAUCAGAUUCAUUGAAUCAUAGAAUCAUUUUGGUUGGAAAGACAUUUAAGAUCGAGUCCAACAACUAACCUCACACUGCCAAGCCCAUCACUACACCAUAUCUCUCAGCACCUCAGCUAUGCAGCUUUUAAAUACCUCCAGGGAUGGGGACUCCUCCACCUCCCGAGGCAGCCUGUUCCAAUGCUUGAUGACCAUUUUCAGUGAAAAAGUUCUUAAUCUCCAAAUUAAACCUUCCUUGGUACAACUUGAGGCUGUUUCCUCUUGUCCUGUCAUUCAUUACUUGGGAGCAGAGACCAACCCCCACCUAGCUACAACCUCCUUUCAGGUAUUUGUAGAGAGUGCUUAUGCUGCCCCUCAGCCUCCUCUUCUCCAGGCUGAACACCCCCAGCUGCUCCCCAUCAGACAUGUGCUCCAGACCCUUCACCAGUUCCAUUGCCUGUCUCUGGACACACUCCAGCAGCUCAGUGUUCCUCUUGUAGUGAGGGGCCCAAAACUGAGCACAGUAGUCAAGGUGCAACCAUUCAACUGUGUUCAGUAAAAAUACUGCCAAACAAACAAAAGCUGGACUAAACCAUUGUUAGUUCACAACAAAGGAAGUCGCACGUUUUCCAUUGUUUUACGUUUGUAACUGUAUCUUCAAUUCAAAAGAGAAAUCCUCAAAGAUGCUUUUCUGAUGCAGUUUAUUUUUUAAAUAAUGUUAACCAUUGUACUAUACAAUCACCUUAAUGUAUCUUGUAAUCAGUUCAAAUUCUUCUUGUAUGUACAAGUUGGAAGUCUGAAGCUAACACAAGAGACACCGUGCCAGCUCGUCAGUGGGCAUACAAAAUUGUGUCGAUGUGCUUAUACAAGCUAUAGAUGAAAUAAGCUGGUAAACAGCUGCCUCCUGUAAAGUUGGCAGUCACACGGCAGCACUCUUGUCAGCUGAAGAGUUAAGAGUCAAGAUGAACUGCUGUAAUAGAAACAAGCCAACUGUUUGCCUCAGGACCUGCAGAGUCCAGUAUGUGCCUCCCUUUUAUUGUUCCCAACAGAAAGGUAAAAAUUGCAAAGAAACGUGACACUAAAAUUGACACUUGGAUCAACCCCCUUAGUGACACAGAUCAAAGUACGUACCUUUUAUAAUGACCUCAUUACUUCCCAUCCAUCUUUACAGUUUCUUUCUAAAAUCUGGUUUCUCCAAAACUGAGCUUGAUCCAAAAACUCACUUCAAUUUUAUGGCAUAACACACCACCCCUCAAACCUCCCUCAUUAGCUUCAGAGAGUAUUUUCACCUGUCUAAUCUAGUGUCAGCUGUGGGGGAAACAGCUUCUGAUGUUUGUAACCAUUAUCAUAGAACUAUAGAAUGGUAGGGGUUGGAAGGGACCUUUGGAGAUCAUCCAGUCCAACCCCCCUGCCAAAGCAGGUUCCACCUAGAUAAGGUCACACAGGAACGUGUCCACGUGGGUUUUGAAAACCUCCAGAGAAGGAGCCUCCACACCCUCCCUGGGCAGCCUGUGCCAGGGCUCCCUCACCUCAACAGGGAAAGAGUUUUUCCUUAUGUUUAAAUGGACCUUUUUGUGUUCCAGCUUCUUUCCAUCACCCCUUGUCCUGUCACUGGAUACAACAGAAAAAAAGUGAUGGCCCAACCUCCUGACAUCCACCACUGAGACAUUUGUAAAUCUUAAUGAGAUCCCCCCUGGAGUCUCCUCAUAUCAAUCAAGCAUUGUUGAAACAAAUACUCAUUGAACUGCCCUGAGAACCAGAAGCAUCUCCACACUAUUACUCUCUUUUUACUUGUUUGUUGGACGCUGCUCCUGCCAUUUCUAGAUGGGUCUGUGGUGGCUGCAUCAUGCUCUGGAAAGGUUUUCUGAACAGGUUAAGUUGGAAUAUUUGUAUUACACUGCAAAGGCUGAAAGUUAUGUUCCUCUAAGCCAAAUCUAAAUAGUGAUCAAGUUCUGGCUCAGGCACCCACAGUAGUUAAAAUACUUGGAAUUGAUGGUUCCAGUUCCGCAGGGCACUGGCACUCUGAGGUGUGUACAUUUAUCAGAUGUUCAACUGACCUGUAAUUUAAAAGGCAAUAUGACUGUACUAACCUUAUGUACAAGACAACUACAAUAGCUCAGCUACUCCACAGAAGGUACUUGCAACACUGAAAGUUGACAGCAACUACUUUUAGAAGCUUUCCUAUGCAAACUGAGAUUAAGCAUAUUCCUUUAUACAACCCAUGGGAUGGGGAUGGAUCAGUUACAGAUGAACUUUUAAUAACUAAGGAAAAGAUAGUAUUUAGAUUUUCAAAGAGAUGGACAAAAAUCUCUUCCUUUCAGUGCCAGUUCUGGUAAUUCUUAAAAGAUUUUGUCAUGAAAAACAUCUGCCAGCUGAAAUAGUGGCAUGCCAAUACCCAGCCUGCUAGUAUAAUGGUCUACUAACAAAAGACUUUGACUUUCAGCACACUGAGAUGAUUAUCACAUGCAAAACAGAGGCACCAAUUUAGGAACAAGCAGUAGUAAGACACUGAUAAAAUCAAGGAAGUUUAAAAAAAAAACAACUCUCCAUCCCCAAGACCUUGAAAGGGCUGAAAUGUUCUGUUCACUCAGAUAAAGCAGCCACAGCAUGAUGCAUGCCAAGGCUUUAGAGACCAGGGACCAAGCACUGCAUAGAAGUGCCUGGAAAAUCAGGCACAGCAAUAGGAGUGAGGCAUAAUCAUCUGCCCUUGACCUAGUCAAUCCAUUCCAGCAGAUUUUUUCUUAUCUACUGUUUGUUAUUUGCAGUAUCAUGUGAUGAGAAUGUGCUAUGCCUGCUGUUGUUAGUUUAUCCAGCUUUAUUUUCUACUUAAUAUCUGGACACUAAUAAUGUUGAAGAAUUCAGAUCUUCAGUAGCUCAACUCCCUAUCUUAAGGAUGUAAACAGACAACAGAAUAUAAACCAAGCGAGUCUGUUUCCCUCCUGCCCCUCAAACAGCACAUUUCUGAGGAAAUGGAAAAGAUAAGUUUCAGCAGAGGUAACAAAAUAAAAGAGUCUGGUCUUCUCAAAAUCCAAUGUCCAUCCAAAGUCUCAGAAGUUGCACUUCUACUUGUUUUGCUACAUAUUUCUCAUUUUGGCCAUGAGUUCUUCUAGGCUUUCUUCAGAGUCUGCUACCGUUUCCUCAGGUAUCAAAUUCUCUUCCUAUUAGGAACAGGAAGAAAAAGUUGGCAGCAAAAAUAGCAGCAAUCCCUACCCCCUCCUCCCCAAAUAAACUUUAUUGCCAUUACACCACACCAUUUUCCUAGAAGCAAACACUCAGUUGGAAGAUUAGGCCUAAAUGAUCCUAAGUGUAAAUUGUAAACUAUUCAGAGUAGGAGCUGGGAUGUUCUGACUGCAGUACAUGCAGAUCCUGUGCUCCCCAGCUUUACUAAUCACUCUGACUACUAAAUACAGUACAAAUUAAUUAGUCAUCAGCAUAGCAACUGAAAAAAUCCCAUUUGUUCUCCUUCCCCCAUCCCCAAACACCUCCAUUCCCAUCACCUCAAAGCUACAUUCCCAGCAGCAUCCACACAGAAAGAAACACAUUUCCUAGGCACACAAAAUCAGACCAGAGAAGACACUAAUUGGAUGUAACCAGGUAGAGCUUCACUGGAUUUGUUCAAGAUGGAAUUUGAUUUUAGGUUCAAAAGGUAACCAAAGUGGCUGGUAUUAUAAAUUUAAUCUAAAAAUUCAUAAAGAAUAAAUCUAUUACCUUGUUUGGGAUAGUGUAUGCUACAGUGAUUCCUUCAGGAAGCUCAGGGACUGGGCCAGAGGCAGCCUUCAGCUCCUCUUCGGAAGUUUCUGACACCAAUUCAAUGCCUUUGCAUUAAAAGGAAUUGAGAUCUCCAUUAACAGUUAGAAGAAAAAGUUUUCUAAUCACAGAAUCUUAAGGGUUGGAAGGGACCUCAAAAGAUCAUCUAGUCCAACCCCCCUGGCAGAGCACUAUGUCAUCACAGUAAGAGGAAAAUGGCAGCUGUUCUUCUGGAGUAGAACAAAUUUAAAGCACAAAAGCCUUUGAUUUCAAGUACUUAAUUCCAUUAUCAAUACAAAAUGGUUCUGUACAGGUAACUUAUGGACAAGAACAGCACCUCUCCUUGUCUUUAGCAUUUUAAUCUUAUUGUGAGGACACUUCUAUUUCCUGUAAUAAAGAGAAUGUAUAUAUGUAUUCUUGAAAUGCUUAUAUAAAACACACUCACCAUUCCUUAAUUCCUUCCAAUUUAAAGCUUUCAGAGGAACAUAAAAAUCCAUGGGAUGCCUCAGCACCGUGGUUAUGGAAAUGACAAAUACUCUUUAGUUAUAUAUUUAAAAGGAACACAGAGUGACUACACCUUCUCCUAUCUUUUAUAUCUUCAGACUCAUCUUCUGAGUAAGUUUUUUAUUCAAAGAGCUGUUACAUUUUGAGUCAAAAACCUGCACACUGCACUAAAAAUACAUCAAGUUGUGGUAACAUUACUGCCAAAACCUCUGAAGAGCCAGCAGUAAUUGCACAGCACAAGUUACAAAAAAUAGGAACCACAAGAAAUCUCUGUACCCUACACAGAUUCUCUAUCUGUGUGUCUGUUCACCCAAACCAGAACCUUUAUUUGCAUCUCCUUACUGGGAACAGCAUGUAGUUGUUUACUUACCCCAGUCAUUAUCUUCAUGUACUAUUUCUUCUUCCUGUUCAAUUACUUCUUGUUUUGGUCGUGCAGCUUCUCUUUUCUGAAGGAAAACCACAAAAAGACAAAAAACUAUAUGUAAUAAUCCCAUUUUCAACAGCAGCAAAGAAGAUCAAAUCUAAUAUUCACACUUCUUUUUAUAUUUAAGACAGGUGGCCACCAUUUAGGACUUUGUUAGGCAUCAAAAGGCAUAGAAUACAGGUGUUCACUUGUAAGUUUAAAAACCCCAAACCCAUUAACACUUCAAAAUAUAUGACUGACAGAAAGGCUAAGCAAUUACUGUAGAAGAAAACAUUAUUUAACUGAAUGCAAGCCAUUCUGCCUUUGCUUUAAGGUAACACCAAGUAAUGUAUGUUUAGAAACCAUAGGCAACCAUCUGGAGACAAAGCUGCUGAAAACUGGAGUAACAAUGACAGCUUGCUUUUACUACAGAUCUGUAGCUUGCUAAUUUCUUAAAGUAUUAAAAACAAAAACAACCCCAGAACAGUUCUACCUUAUAAUUUUCUUGCUGUUUUCUGCAGUUUUGGUCACUGCAUUGUGGGUUUGGCUUCAUAGACAUAGUUGGAAAGAAAUCCUGCAUCGCGUUGUAACCAAGAUAGUAACUCACAGUACCAAAAUUUAACAGGUACCUAGAAAGAUAACAGAGAAAGCAGGCCCUUAUAUACAGGUGCAAACCUCAAGAUUCAGUUGCUCAAGGAAUAACUUUUCCUCAAAGAACCUUUAGAAUACACUUUCACACUAGGGAAGUUGUGAAGAGUUACUGUAAUCGGCAUAAAAUAAGCUGUAAGCACUUGACAAAAGCAUUUAACUGCAUCAAUAUCGAACCUGGUUCUUGUGAGAAGGACAAGUCAGCUACAGGCUCAGGAAAAGUAUGUUUAGAGUUUUCUGCUGUGACUUAAUCCACUGCUUGAAACACUUAGGUGCCCUGUAUUACAAUGGGGAGACUUUUCAACAGCUAAUUAGAAGUGAUUUAAAUCAUCUUUACUGUAGGGCCAGACUUGCAAUGAAAAUAAAGAUGUAAAUAAAA